GAAACUCAUCCUCAUUCAUUUUCCCUCCUAUUUUUCUUCUUCUUCGUUUGAAACAAGUUUGUUCGGUAAAUCUUCUUCUAUUUUUUUUUAUUUGGGUUUAUUUUCAUAUCGUAGGAAUGUGAUUGAAGUAUGCUUUCUUGCUUUCCCUAAUCAAGAAAUAAUAUAAAACCAAAAUUGAGAUGAAUUUGAACAUCAUUUCAACUUCCUGUUGAUGCUUCAUUCAAGUUCUACGAUGAACAUGAAAGAUCUAAAAUAAAUGAGUUGGUGGUUUCCCACUUAAGAGCAUCCCCAGAAUGCUGUAUUACUUUUUGGGCCCUUCCUACAAUUUUAAAAUAAUUUCCUCAUACGAUGAAUCGGUGAUUACUCCCGCCUCUCAAAAUACUUGACGCUCCCGCUUCCGGUCAUCGGAGAUUCCUGGACCCACAGCAGCCACUGCCGCUCCUUUUCCACAACCAUUCUCACCUCUCGAUUCUUACAGCUCCUGGGUGGUUUGACACCGAGAGAGUUGUGCAUCAACUCCACUAGUUAACGUUUGCCCACCAAUUGUUUGAUGAAAUUCUUGGGAGGGAUGUGUGGUCCUGGAAAAUUCUUAUUCCUGCAGACUAAGGAGGCUACAUAUCACUUCUUUCAUUGAAAGAACAAAACACCAUUUGCCUACCAGGGAAUCUACAAUACGUUGACUUUGUGAGAGCAAAUUGAUAGUGAAAUGGUUUAUACAAGGAAUAAGCUGAAGCUCAACAAACCACAUAACAGAACGCUCGACCCUUCAACAACGAUGAACAUUUUCAAAACCCUAAUCUCAGCCCUUGAAUCUCCUGAGGGUAUCAAGUCACAACUCUUGAAAAGUUCAUAUUAUUUGCUCAUUCAAUUAUCUACAAAGCAACAACUUUGUUUAGGCAAAGGAGCUGAUCUAAAUGAGUUGUUCAUGAAAACUAAUGAAGGUGAAGUUAGGUUGAGUUUAAGAGAUGUAUGCACACUCUCCAAUGUCCUCUUCAAAGAUCUUCAAAGGAGGUUGAAGCAGUUGCACUCUUCGAAACAUGAUGUCUCUGCCACCCGAUCUCUUGAACUCGAACAACUUAAUCUAUUGAUAAGAUGUUGCAUGGUAACCUUGACCUUUCGUGUGCCGCAACAACAUCUUUUAGACAGUGGACGAGUUCUUCUUCUAAUAUUCAAAAUGUUGAGUUUACUUGAAGUAGCAGAAGGAGGCCAUGGUAAUGUCAAUUUUAACAAGUCACUUUCAUGUCAAUGCAUGUAUAGUGGUGAGAAUUAUUCCGACUCCUUUGCCAAGGUUUCAUCGUUAUCAUCCUUAGAGCUCUUUGAACCCUGCGUUCCUUUUAUCACAGCAAUCCUUCAGGUGGUCAUAGAUGAGCUAUUGGUUCAUAGUCGGUUGAGAAAGUAUUUGCAGAUUGUUGAUUUUUUUUCUUCACCGGAUGACCGUCUAUUUAAGCAUGGUGCUAGUAGUGGUGACUUUGGAGUAAUGAUGGAAAUGAUAUGUUCUCAUUUUCUACUGACAAUCUCCGGUGAGGGGGCUCUUCAGGAAUUUCUCAAUAGAAUAACAUGGGUUCGUUCUAAUAAUUCCAAGUCUCUGGAAGUCAGUGUCAUUGCAGCCAGAACAUUGCUACAAACCCCCGUGGUGCUUUCUUCACCCAAGUUACUGCAGGCUCAUAUUGUUUCACUGGUUUCUGAUGUAAUCGGUGUUUGCAUAGAUAUUGAAAGCAUGACAUCAGAUCCUAGACUAAUUGAUUCUUACCUUUCGGUUUUUGAAAGCUCCGUUCUCUUGUACACCCAACACAUGUCCAUUUUGAAAACUGAGAAGAGUUCAACAGAUGCUAAAGACAUGCACAAUGAAAGUUCCCACCCUUGUUUUGAACUUUUUAUUGAUCCCGAUAAACGGCAGAAACUGAAUCAGAUGAUAACUAUGUUGAACGAUUUAUGGAAUUCAAAUCUAAGGAAAAGGUUUUUUAAGAGAAAGACUGACCUUGUAGCUUCCUCUAUUGAAUAUAUACACCAGAGCCUGUGCAUGCUUGACAUAGAAUGCAGAGAUGAAGCUUUAUGGUUCUUAAGGUGCAUGUUAGUGAGAGCUGCUAAUGAUGUCAACAAUAUCGAACUGCCUCUUAAUGGUGAUGCCGAUCUGCAAGAUAUUUGUCUUCUAGCAUCCUUGUUGAUGCUAAUUAGUAAUUCAUUGAUACAAGCAGUUUGGUGUCUAAGAUAUGGUAGCGAUCAACCGAAAUCCCUAAAAGACUUAUCCGAGUAUGAUUUUAUUGUGGGAGUCAUCAACUGCUUCAAAGAAUUUAGCAUCCGUCUUCCAAUCCAAAAAUUCUCCUAUAACAUGAUGGAAGAAACUCAUCCGACAACAAGUCAUGAGGAGUCGAGGCUGAUGCUUUUACAUUUCUUAGGCUUGUUAUCUUUGAGUUUUGAUAGCGGGCUUGACUUUUUAGUAAAGAGUUGCAUCUCGGUGAUAAUGGCUUUGACUAAUCUGUUUAUUCUUGAAGAGGGUAAUAUAGAUGUCUUGAUGUCAUUAGUUGGUCCUCCUGGUGAAGGAUCUCUUGUCAUUUACAAAGAGGCUCCAGUAUCCCAAUAUCCUACGCUUAGGACGGCUGCAAAAUUUCAAAAGAUUCGGACACUCUAUGUGAGCAAUGCUUGUGCUGCAAACGAAUCCAUGGCAACAGAAGAUGUGGGAUCGGUUGCAUUGAGCAUGGAGUGUGCUGAUCAAGAAACUUGCCGCGGGGAGAUGUAUCUGAAGAUGAGAUUGAAAGGGUCGCAUGGUGUGGAUGAUUUCGAUGAUUUAGCCGACUUUGUAGAGUGCAAGAAGGGUAAAGAUUACGACGAUUGGUUAAAAAGUCGAGAUAAAUUCCGAGAGCGGAAAUUGAGGAAAGGGGUGAAAAGAAGAUGGGAGAAGAAGAAACAAGUAUGGAGAUCCAUGAAAGGGAAAAGAGAUGGUUAAAAUCUAUCUAUAGCUUCCUUGUAUUGUAGUAAUUGUAAUUU